AUGGCCUCGCUUUCUGGUCCUUCAACAAUUCCACGGGACCCCGUCAUUGGCUUUGCCAUGACGGAUAUGGAGGGUCCGAGCAAGGAUGUGCCUGAGAUGGAGGGUACUCCCCAAGAUCAAAACGAUAUGAAUCGGAUGGGAAAGAUUCAAGAAUUUAAGCGCAAUUUUCGUCCACUUGCAGCUCUGAGUUUUUCUGCUGUUCUUCAAGCCACUUGGGAGUUUAUCCUGAUUUCCAACUCUCAAGGGCUGGAAAAUGGCGGCCUUGCGGGACUCUUCUGGUCCUACAUGUGGACCUUUGUCGGAUUUGGCUUGAUCAUCGUCUCACUCGCUGAAAUGGCGUCCAUUGCGCCGACUUCGGGUGGGCAGUAUCACUGGGUGUCGGAGCUGGCGUCUCCUCGAUACCAGAAAUUCCUGAGUUAUACAACAGGCUGGAUGUCGGUUCUUGCGUGGCAAUCUGGCGCUGCCUCGGGCUCCUUUCUCACGGGGACAAUCAUUCAAGGUCUGAUCAGUAUUCGAGACCCCAGCUACCAGCCACAAAACUGGCAAGGAACGCUAUUUGUGUUUGCAAUGGUUGCCGUCAUCUACUUCUUCAAUGUCUACGCUGCCAGUUGGAUGCCGCGCAUUCAGAACGUUCUUUUAGCUCUACACCUCUUGUGCUGGGUUGUCGUGAUUGUCGUCCUCUUUGCCAUGGCGCCCCAUAACUCGGCGCAGGCUGUCUUCACCGAGUUUCGCAAUGGUGGUGGUUGGCCUACUGUCGGGAUGAGUUUAAUGAUCGGCCAAAUAUCCGCUAUCUAUGGAUCUCUCAGGUUUCCAGGCUCUGAUGCCACAGCACAUAUCUCCGAGGAAGUCAAGGAUGCGGGACGAUAUGUCCCUAUUGCCAUUGCCUGGGGGUACUUUGGGAACGGAAUCAUGGCGCUCAUUACGAUCGUGGAAUUUCUUCUUGCGCUCCCGUCUGUUUCUGGGGCCCUCGAAGACAGUUCGGGGUUUCCAUUCCUUUAUGUCUUUCGUCAAAUCCUUUCAACCUCCGGGGUCAAUGGCCUUACGGCCAUCAUCCUGAUCCCGGUCAUUUUCAGUAACAUCCUCUUCAACGCGUCGACCGCCCGUCAAACAUAUGCCUUUGCGCGGGAUCAAGGCUUGCCAUUUGCUCGGUGGAUCUCUCGAAUUGAUCCCCGUCGUCAGAUCCCGGUACGAGCGAUUGCGCUGUCUUGCAUUAUCAGCGGCUUGCUAUCUCUCAUCAACAUUGGGUCCUAUGUCGCGUUCAACGCCAUCAUUUCGCUCAAUGUUGCCGCGCUGAUGUAUACAUACGCAGUCUCCAUCAGCUGCAUUAUUUAUCGGAAAGUCUCCUGCCCUGAGACUCUCCCUCCCCGGCGUUGGAGCCUCGGCAGGCCUGGACUUUUGAUCAACAUUAUUGGACUUUUAUAUGUUUUCUUCGCCCUCUUCUGGUCGUUCUGGCCCCCGUCUCCGUCUCCAGCAGUGCGGGACUUCAAUUGGAGUGUGGUGAUCUUUGUGAGUGUGUUUGGUCUGAGCCUGGUGAUGUAUAUAUCCCAGGGACGGCGGCAUUAUGUUGGGCCCGUGAUUACGAUCCAGCGACAUGAUUGA